UGACCAGCGCCUUCCUCAUGUGCUUCAGCUAACUUUUUCUCUUUCUCAUUUCCCCAACCAUCUUCUAGGCUUUUACUGUCGCUCUCUGCUCCAUUUGUGUAUCCCACUCUAUAUAUCUCAGGAUUGUAAUGGAAGCUGCCCCGGAUGCCCUCAACCCGGCCACCACCGAGACUCGAAAGGGAACGCCUGCUGUAAGGGCCGCGAAAGACAUUGCUUUUGGUAGCGCUGCAGGAAUUGCGUCUAAGUUUCUCGAGCAUCCAUUCGACCUGACGAAAGUACGGCUACAAGCUCAGGUUCUCGAUGCAUCUGCACGUUUCAAGGGCCCGUUAGACUGUCUAUCACAGACAUUCAAGAAGGAAGGCAUUAGAGGCCUUUAUAGAGGCCUUCCAGCGCCCAUAGUGGGCGCCAUGGUCGAAAAUGCAGCUCUUUUCCUCUCAUACGGAGAACUUCAAAAUGCUGUUCGAUGGGCAAGCGGUACACAAACUACACAGGCGCUCUCGCUACCUCAGUUGGCUCUAGCGGCUGCAGGAGCAGGCGCCAUCACUAGUACCCUUUUAACUCCAAUUGAGCUUGUUAAAUGUAAAAUGCAAGUUCAGAUGCUCAUCUCACCCUCCAUACCUCCCACCGUCCUCGCAUCAUCCACAUCCAUACCUCUCAGCGCCGCCGCCACCGCCACACUCCCACCUUCCUCUGCUGCAGCCGCCGCCGCAUCCCUUCGGGCUCUCCCAGGUCCUCUCGAAAUCAUCACCAGCAUCUACCGUCAAUUCGGCCUGCGAGGUUUCUGGCUUGGCCACACCGGUACACUCAUCCGAGAAACUGGAGGUUCCGCCGCGUGGUUCAGCACCAAAGAAUUCGUCGCUUCUCUCCUGAUCGCUCGUUCUCCCCCUUCACUUGACAGUUCAGUUUCGAGAAGACGGAGGGAUCUCAAGUCGUGGGAGAGCGCGUUCAGCGGAGCGUGUGCGGGGGCUUCGUAUAAUCUUGCGUUGUUCCCUGCGGAUACGGUGAAGAGCACGAUGCAGACGGAGGCGGAGUUGAGGCCUGGGUCGCAACAGGGAAGGAGUUUUUGGGCGGUGGGGAAGGAGAUGUGGGCGAAGCAGGGGCUUAGAGGGCUUUAUGCGGGGUGUGGAAUAACGAUUGCAAGGUCUAUACCGAGCAGUGCUAUCAUCUUCUGCAUCUAUGAUGGACUGAUGACGAGGUUUGGGUGACGGACGGACAACUCGAUGAUGGAGGGAAGGAGGCAGCGAAGAGGAGAGAGAUCAUGGAGAGAGGAGUAAUGGAAUGAAGUCGAGGGCUGUAUACCCGCCGAACUAUGCUCGCUGCAUAUUGCAUUGUAUCUUUCUUGUGCGCAUUUCCAUAGACUGCCCAUUCCAUAGAUUAUAACAUCAAUAUUGUUCGACU